UGUUUGACUCAACACGUGACCUCGUCUUUGAUAUUAAAUAUAUCUACGACACGGCUAACGUUAGCCGCUAAAGCUAAAUUCCACCUUAAAUUAAUCAGAGCAGCAAACAGGAAGAGUGAACCACUGCGGAAAGUACCGAGCUCCCCUGACGGAAAAAACAACUGUGCUGCUAACAAGAAAACUAAAGAGCGGAUCCCAUUAUCUAGGAGGAUCUCGUUUUUCUUAGUAGGCUUUAAAUAUUCAAUAAUGGAGGCCUAAUCACCUACCAAAGGGGUGUCCACGAUGGGGGGAGGGGUUUGAGAUCACGCGUCCCUUGGUCUGUGUGAAUGUGAGUGCUUGAGGCAUUGAUUUACUUUAUCAUUUAGUUUAUAAUGUUUUUAUAUAUAAUCCCACGCAUGUUUAGGUUGAGCUGGUCAGUUUAUGUUUUAGACUUGUCUCUGAUAAAAGAGCAGGAUAAUAAAACCUACAUGGAACCUGGGUGAUCCUGGGAAGAUGCUUUUUAAGAUAAUUCAUCUUUUUUUACUGCUCAGGAUGUUUUGUUCGACUUACACCGAAUGGGCAUGUAAUUAAAACAUAAAUGUAGUCUCACCAGUUAUAUGUUUAUUGGUGGUAUUCUCCAAGCGCUACAGGUAAUGUAGGUCCAAGUUCCAGAUCCUAUGCAGGGAACAGGAUGUUUGAGGGACAUCAAUAUGCUGUGUGAUGAGUAAUCAUUCUUCGGUCAAAGAAUUCUUAAGUUUCACACUAACAUAGAGUUUCGGCUUAGCUUUCUUUUUCUGAGUUGCACCUCCCACAUGCUAUUUUCAGUUUUUGUGUGACUGAGUGUGCAUGUGAUAGAAAGACCUUGGGUUUUCUCAAACCUCUCUCCCUUUAAAGGACAUCACUUUUCCCUUUUAUAUAGCUAUACUUCAAUCAAAAAAAUGGAAACUCUUUUUCAACUAAAAAACAACCCGUUUUUGAUGGGAUUGUGUCGUAACGGACCUCCAUCUGAUCUACAGUAUGAUAACUCCUCAGAGCUCUUUCGCAUCUCAACCUUUGCAUGUUUCCCGACCUCGGGAGUCACAGAGCGAAGCCUGGCGAGGGCAGGGUGGUUCUACACAGGGGUGGGCGACCGUGUGCAGUGUUUCAGGUGCAACGUGACGGCAGACGGAUGGCAGGCCGGAGACUGUCCGACAGAGAAACACAGGCAGCUCUCUCCUUCCUGCUCCUUCAUCCAGAGCCUCCCGUCCACAGCCAACCUUCUCUCCUCAUCUCACUCUGCCUUUUCCCCACUCCGCAUUGCCCCAGCUAUACCACUUUCUGGUCAAGGUCCAGCCGCUCCUAACCCAACAGUAAACCCAGGUGAAGAACCAGGUGGAUACCUAAAUAUGGGUUUUUCUGCUCCGCCGCCCUCCAGCCCACUGACCUCUCGGGGUGUAGAGGACAUGUCCCACCAGAGACCAACAUGCCACAACCCAGGCAUGCGCAGAGAGCAAGACCGCCUGGACUCCUUCAGCUCAUGGACGCUCUCCAUCAUCACCCCAGCAGAGCUUGCCAAGGCGGGCUUCUACUAUUUAGGCCAGGGUGACCGAGUGGCAUGCUUCAGCUGCGGAGGACAGUUGAGUAACUGGGAGCCAGGUGACAGAGCUGUGUCUGAACACCAGAGACAUUAUCCCAACUGUCGUUUUGUCCGAGGUGACAGAGCCGACAAUGUGUCGCUGGCCGGAGCAGCGACUUCCCAGCUGUCUGCAGGAGGCCCAACUCUCAGUAACGUCUCCAAUCCAGCCAUGCAGCAGUGCGAGGAGAGGCGGCUCACCUUCGUCAACUGGCCAUCUCGUAUACCUGUCCGGCCAGACCAGCUGGCUAAGGCUGGCUUCUACUAUGUAGGUCGUAACGAUGACGUCAAGUGUUUCUGCUGCGAUGGAGGUCUUCGGUGCUGGGAAUCUGGAGAUGAUCCCUGGGUGGAGCAUGCUAAAUGGUUUCCGCGGUGUGAGUAUUUACUCCAUGAGAAGGGACAAGAAUUUGUUCACCAGAUCCAGGCUCGCUUCCCUCGGCUGUUCGAGCAGCUUUUAAACAAUGGAGACAACAACUCCAGAGAAUUUGUGGAUCCACCUGUGGUCCACCUCGGUCCAGGAGAGGAGCGGUCUGAGGAUGCCGUCAUGAUGAACACCCCAGUGAUUAAGUCUGCAUUAGAGAUGGGCUUUGAGCGGAGUUUAGUCAAGCAAACGGUCCAGAGCAAGAUCCUGACCAGCGGAGAGAACUACAGAACGGUCCAGGAGCUGGUGUUGGACCUACUGAGUGCCGAGGACCAGAAGAGGGAAGAGGAGCGCGAGAUGGUGGCUGAGGCGAUGGCAUCAGAUGGUUUCACGUUUGUGAAGAGACACCAGGCAGCAUUGAUCCAGCGUCUCAAGAGUGUCGAGCCAGUGUUGGAGCAUUUGAGAGACCAAAAUGUCUUAUGUGCCGAGGAGUACAGCAGCCUCCAGGAUCAGACUACGGCCCAGCAGCAAACUGCCAAGCUGAUCGAGCUCGUCCUCUGCAAGGGCAACGCUGCGGCCGAAGUCUUCCGCAACUGGAUCCAGAAAAAUGAUGUCCACCUACUCAGGGAUCUCAUGGCCCAGUCAAAUGAAGCUGCGUCACCGAGCCAAGAUCUUUCAGACCUUCCCAUGGAGGAGCAGCUGCGACGCCUGCAGGAGGAGCGUACCUGCAAGGUGUGUAUGGAUAAAGAGGUCAACAUCGUUUUCAUCCCGUGUGGACAUCUGGUGGUGUGCAAAGAGUGUGCACCGUCACUUAGAAAGUGCCCAAUCUGCAGAGGACUGGUUAAAGGCACUGUCCGAACCUUCCUCUCAUAACCAGGAGGCUGAGCUGUGUUCCCUCAGUCUUGUUUCACCAUGAUGUGAUUGAAUGUAAAGCAAUACAAUAUAUGGUUUUACCUGGAAAGGUUUUGCUUUUUUUCUUCUCGGUUGACUUUCCCCUCCACCUUAAGAAUUAUUUAAGUUUUUACAUGUAUCAAUAAAUCAGUUUGUUAGGGCUGGUUUAUAUGGGAGCAAAAAUAUGAAUCCAUAAAUGUCACAAUAUGUAAACCCUAUGAAAAUUCUCAAAGUAAUCAAAUGAUUUAUGUUUUGCUGUUGCUGCCAUGAAGUAAACAAUCAAUGGUAAGGCUUAAUUCUUUUACUCGUCUGUCUGGUAUAAAUAUCAAUGAGAUGGUCUUUAUGUAUUUAGGAUCAAGCACAGGCAGCAACUAUAGUAAGGGUGCAGUCGUCAAUGUGAAGUGAAUAUAAAAGAUCACCGAAGUUUAACUUGCUGCCAUUUUAAUGUUUUCAUUCUCAUCCUUGGCUUUGGAUGAGAAUGAGACUGAAACGUGUCUGACCGGCUCCUAAAUCAUGGUUUGACGCACCUACAAUAGCUUCUCAACUCUGCUCCUUUUGACGAGAGAAGCUGAAUCAUUUUGGACUUUUCAACCAUAAGCAAAGUGUCAUAUCCAAAACUGAGGAUAGUGAAGCAGUGAUGGCUAAACAUUUGAUUAACAUACUAUCAAUCUGAACUAACUACACCCUUCAUCACUGUCCAUUGGAAACAUUAAUAUACCAGUUCAAAUUAAACGUUUAUGUCCGUGUCUCAGACAUUUACCCUGUGUUCAGUUAAUACUGACAGCACUAAUAGUCAGUUGUGUUACCAUGUAGUGAAUGUAGGUACUUUUACCUAUAAUAAACAUAAUUCAAACCCUA